AUGCGAAAGUACGAUCUCAUCCUUGACUGUACAGACCGUCCUAGUACCCGAUACCUCGUAUCAGACGCAGCCGUGCUAGCGGGAAGGCCUAUGGUCACAGCGUCUGCAUUACGUACGGAUGGGCAGCUCAUGGUUCUCAACAAUCCUCCAAAAGGACACGACAACCCAGGCGGCUUCUGCUACCGCUGUGUGUUUCCAAAGUCUCCGCCGUCGGAGACGGUCUUGUCGUGCGGCGAAGGUGGUAUACUGGGUCCUGUUGUUGGAGUUAUGGGUGUUCUUAUGGCUAUGGAGGCUCUCAAAAUUCUUUCGCCUUUACUUCAAGAGAAUGAAUACCAAUAUCCGACGGAAGCGUCAAACGACACUGUUCCUCCAUCACUACUGCUAUACUCCGCCUACAGUAAUCCUCCAUUCAGAAGCAUUAAAUUGCGAGGGAAGAGAAAGGGAUGUCCUAGCUGCUCGGACACAGCAACAAUCACCGAAGAAUCAUUAGGGUCUGCGUCUUUGGACUACGACGCUUUCUGCGCAUCGAGGUCUCCGGCAGCGCCGAUCAGCGCAAAUAGGAUAUCUGCCAAGGAAUACAGCGAGAUCAGGAAAGCCACCGGAAGUCCCCAUAUUCUCCUCGACGUGAGAGAGAAAGUCCAAUUCGACAUCUGCCACCUCAAGGGAAGCAUGAACCUCCCUUACUCAGAGAUCAGCCGAAAUCCAGAGGCGAGUAUCGACAAGUUGGACGACACCAUCACUAGCGACCCCAACAUCGCCGACGGCGUAUCAUUAUACCUCAUCUGUCGGUACGGGAAUGAUUCGCAGCUGGCGGCGAACAAGUUCAAGGACCUAUCACGGUCUCGGCCUGAUGCCAAAUACGAUCUUAUGGGCGAUAUAUCGGGUGGACUGCGAGCGUGGAGGCAGUCGGUCGAUCCCAAUUUUCCGGAGUAUUAG